AGCUGCAGAAUGUGCCCAAUCAGUCUCAAUAAUCUCAAAUAAUCAGCGGUUACCAGUGGUGACUCACCACACCAAUCAGCAGUCAGCCGAUCAGUUGUUAUCCUAUUUUUUUGCAAGUUGUUUUAAAUAGUUUGUGUUUUCACACUUUAAGUAAUCUCAAAUUUAAUUAUUUUCUAUAAAUAACACCGAAUUUUGAAUCAUGCGUAUGCACCCCAACCUUGUCGAAAUAACGGAGCCCAGUCCUCACAGAAAAUGUGGAUUUUGUCAUUCGGAAAAAAUCAACAAGUUGUUAUUUGGUCCAAUGUAUCAUUUGAAUGGGGUCACGACCCACCAUUUCUGUCUGCUCUUUUCCAGCAACGGAGUGCAAGCUGGGACUGACGCCCAAGGAAUUUUAGGCUUUCUAAUCCCCGACAUUAAAAAUGAGAUGAAACGUGGCGACGAACUGAAAUGUUACUUUUGUGACCGUACUGGUGCGACGGUAAAGUGUUGCGAGCCUUCCUGCUCGGCCGCUUAUCACUACACUUGCUCCCUCGACCAAGGCGUACUUUACCAUUUCGCUUACCAAUUCCAGUCGUUUUGUGUCUUCCAUCGUCCCCCCAGUUUUUCUGGCACGAGGAGACGGCUCUCGUGCCCAAUAUGUUUCGAACCUGUGGAAGAGAACUUUCUCUUUUUGCCAGAUUGUUGCAAAAGUUAUGAAGCGAUCGGCCACAGGAAGUGCAUUAUGGAAGCAGCCCUUCACUCUGGCUUUUACCAUUUAAAGUGUCCGAAUUGUAGAGAUAACAAAGAGUACAUAAACUCGCUAAUGUUAAAUGGAAUUUAUGUACCAAUUAAAGACGCAGCCUGGGAAUUGGAACCCGACGCAUAUUCCGAGCUCAAGCUGAGUUACAGUGUCUGCGACGCAACGCCCUGUUUGUGCCCAUCGGGAAGAAAGUUUGUGGAGAAGAGAGGUGACUGGGCAUUGCUUCGAUGUGGCGCCUGCGCCGCGGCCGCGGUACAUGUGGGAUGUGGAAAUUUGACCAAGUUUACAUUUCGAUGCGAGACCUGUGUAAAGGUGCUUAAUGAUCGUCAAGACAAUACUGACUCUGGCGACGAAACGGAAAUCAUUGGAAAUGACGACGACGACACCGAAGUUAUCGAUCCUCACCAUGAAAUGACUGACGAUGACAUUGGGGAUAAUUCGUAUUCGAUCGUAGCUCACCAUGACUCUACCAACCUUAUUUAUGACCUAGACCUGGAUUCCAUGAUAUUAGAGAAUGAUGAUGAUUAUACUACUAGUGACCUCAAUGUCGACGCCAGGUCAGUCCAAGAACAAAACGAGGGUAGAAAUAGGGACUGUAAUGAUGAUGAUCCGGACUGGAUUUGCUCGGCAACAACAUCGUCCCAACAAGAGCAGCCCGAUAACAAAGCGACCUCUAAUGAUGAUCCUUCUACAAAGGUGACACCGACUUCUCAACAGUGGAUCGAUAUCGACGACGAUAUAGAAAUGAAGGUGGUCAAUUUUGUCCCCCCUCCCCCACGCAGCCCUCCCUUAAAUUUUACCAGGGUUCCAUUAUCAUCAGCUCUACAGCGACUGUUGAACGAUACGUCAUCAUCUCCUGGAUUCCAGCAAACCCGUCUUCCCGAAUUCCCAAUUCUCCCUCGAGACCCCAAUAACCUGGUCAGAGCUCCAAAACCACUCAAUUUUGAUCCUGACGAGCUUAUAACUCUAGAUUAAUAGUUGAUUAAUUUGUGGUUAUUUUAGUAAUUUAUAUUUAAGCAUGUAUUAUGCAAUCGUUCAGAGGAAAACUUGGUGCUAUACAAUAUUAAGGUGAAAUUCGAUAUUGGCGUUUGUAGAAAAUAUUAGUGUGCCUCAUCACUAUCACAUAAUUAUUAGUGAACUAUGCUCAAAUGUUUAAAGUUUGUAAAAAUUUUGUAUUCAGUAAGGUGAGUUCGCUAAUAAUACUGUGAACUUGAACUAUGUUAUGUUAAUAAUUAUGUUAACAUGUAUUUGAUUACAGAUUACAAAUCCCAAGAGUUUUUAUACACAAAUUUUUAUAUUUUAUUAUGAAUUGUAAACAUUCAAUGUCGUUACUACGCUUUUAUGCGUAAGAAGGUUUUAUUUUUCAAUUUUAAUGAUUAUUAUUAUGGCCACACCGUGCAGCUUAUAAGUAUGAUAAGUCUAAUUUUAAUUUUCUGGAGAUUGAAGCGUUUGUGAAUGAAACUAUAUAUUGCAGCUCGAUUUAUAAGAAAAUUUAAAAUAUGCAGGGAAAAAUAUUGUCUACGGGGAUUAUUGAUGUAGAAAAAUGUCAUGGCGUAUGAAUUGUACAAAAAUCAGUUUGAAGUACAGCGUACUAUACCUGACCUGUUAUUGCAAUAAUGUUUUGGGUAUAAAUAAAUUUGAUGCACGCAUAGCAUACACACUUGA